GCGUGUUCCACUUCCGCUGCUCGGGUUUGUAGAAAGGAAGCCACUGGGACGAGCCAGAAGCCAUGUUUUGCCCUCAGUCCCAGAAGUGGACGUCCCAGAGGAGUUCUCUGCUGAAUCUCGUUACCUGGCAGGUGACCGCAUGACCGCAUGCCUUUCCUGCACUGUCAAGGCGCUGGGACGAGGAUGCGUGGGACUGUCGACAUGAUUAAUGUGGUUUUAAAUUCAAGAAUUAGAAAGCCACGUCUUCCCUCAAAUGGCAGAAAGGCCCAGAAUUGCAUCAUAAGGCUGGCUCCCAGGAUCCCUUCUUCUAAGUAGCGAGAAUAAGGCCAAUUUAUUCUUCAGAACAACAAGGAAAGCCCAGAUGUAAAGGAGGGGGAAAAAAGAAUUUGAACUCAACAGGUACUGUCCAAGAAGCUGGAACACUUUUAUCCAGUAAGAAUGUUCGUGUUAACUGUUUGGAUGAGAAUGGAAUGACUCCUCUCAUGCAUGCAGCAUAUAAAGGAAAACUCGACAUGUGCAAGUUACUUUUGCGACACGGAGCUGAUGUGAAUUGUCAUCAACAUGAACAUGGAUACACGGCCCUCAUGUUUGCUGCACUUUCUGGAAACAAAGACAUCACAUGGGUAAUGUUGGAGGCUGGUGCAGAGACAGAUGUUGUCAACUCUGUAGGGAGAACAGCAGCUCAGAUGGCAGCUUUUGUGGGUCAACAUGAUUGUGUGACUAUAAUCAACAAUUUCUUUCCACGAGAGAGACUGGAUUAUUACACUAAACCCCAGGGACUGGAUAAAGAGCCAAAACUGCCUCCAAAGUUGGCAGGCCCAUUGCACAAAAUCAUCACCACAACAAAUCUUCAUCCUGUCAAGAUCGUGAUGCUUGUAAAUGAGAAUCCUCUGCUGGCAGAAGAAGCAGCCCUGAAUAAGUGCUAUAAAGUGAUGGAUUUGAUUUGUGAGAAAUGUAUGAAACAAAGAGACAUGAAUGAAGUAUUAGCAAUGAAAAUGCAUUAUAUCAGCUGUAUCUUUCAGAAAUGCAUUAACUUCUUAAAAGAUGGAGAGAAUAAAUUGGACACACUGAUCAAAAGCUUGUUAAAAGGCCGAGCUUCUGAUGGCUUUCCAGUGUAUCAGGAAAAAAUCAUUAGAGAAAGCAUCAGAAAAUUCCCAUACUGUGAAGCUACACUCCUCCAGCAGCUGGUGCGAAGCAUUGCUCCUGUUGAAAUUGGUUCUGAUCCCACUGCAUUCUCUGUUCUUACCCAAGCCAUCACUGGUCAGGUGGGUUUUGUGGACGUUGAAUUUUGCACCACCUGUGGAGAAAAGGGAGCAAGCAAGAGAUGUUCAGUGUGCAAAAUGGUGAUAUAUUGUGAUCAAACUUGCCAAAAGACACACUGGUUUACGCAUAAGAAAAUAUGUAAGAAUCUGAAGGACAUUUAUGAGAAGCAACAGUUGGAGGCUGCCAAAGAAAAGAGCCAAGAGGAGAACAAUGGCAAACUCGAUGUCAAUUCUAAUUGUGUUAAUGAAGAGCAACCAGAGGCUGAAAUGGGCAUCUCCCAAGAGGACUCCAAUUCUAAUGAUUCCAUGGAAGGGAAGAAAGAAUCUCUUGGAAGUGAGUCUGGGUUGGAAGGUAUACAGGACGCCUCUUCAGGUCCUCAGGUGUCUGAGGAGUAAAAGCCAUAGCAGGUGCCAUCACGGAGGGGCCUCACCUUAGCCGAUAGCUGGAAAACUCGUGUGAAUGUACCCUCAUUGCUUCAUGACACCUGCAAGGCACCACGGCAGGAUUGCACAUUUCAUAGAAUAGAGGCUUUCAAGCAAAGCUCUGUCUACCAUGCCCCAAUUCCCCAUUGAUCUCUAGUUCCAUAAUUUAACAGGUAGAUAUAAUGUAUUUUUUUUUCCCUUUCAAUACAGGAAAAACAUUCUGUCCCCUUUCUGAGGCUGGCUCCCCAGCAAUUGUUCUCAAAGGAAUAUAAAUCCCCUUAAAGAAGAAAUAUAGACUCUAGGGAACAAAGGGACAAGAAGAAUAGAUAUGCAAGAGAAGAGAUUUUCAGGAAAGAAAAAUUUUAUAGCCACAGAGAUGUGUAGUUAGGGAAAAAAUCAUAUAUGUGAGUAAAAUACCUCUAAAUAGCAUUUAUUAUAAUGAAGUUCUACACAUUGAAAUGUAAGGAACUGAAGAAAAGCUGUAUGUUAAGAGAUAUUUGCCAUAGUUCAGCUAAGUGUAGUUGUAUGUAGAAAUUAUCCUGAGCAAGUCUGAACUUUAUGCAGUUCUUGUAGCAAUGUUUUCUCUGUAGUAUUUUUACCUUCAGAAAUGUCAGAUCUUUCAGAAGGUACCAAGGCAGAGCCAGGGCUGUCCCAGCAUGUGCAUUAAAAGAUACUUCCUGAAAUUCUUGACUCAAUAUUGGCUAAAUACACUGUAUACACAAUUCUUGUAAAAUUCACUCAUGUGCCAUACACUACCCGAGAGGCUAACUUUUAUCUUCCUGCAAGCUUUUCAUGGGACUCCCUGCUCGAAACUGAUUUAUAACUGUCAUUUAGAAGAUGUGCUGGCCCCCAUAUUCAGCAUAUGUGGUAUUUAAACAUAGCUUGGGUAUGAGGUCUGAAGAUGAUUCUGUGUUUCAAAGUUUCUUGUGUUGAAUUUAAAAUAAAUCGUGCUUACUAAUGUAAACAGCA